AUGAAAAGAAGAAUAGCAACAGCAAAGUAUUCGUUUUCUGCUCCACCGUUUGAUUCAUUUAAUCAAUUCUGUGCAAAGAUUUGAAAAAUCAGAGCAAAUCAAAUCGAAUAAUAAACCUUUUUUUUAAAUUUUUUAAAGGAGUUUAUAACCAAAAAGAGUUAUAUAUCUCAUUAAGAGUGAAGAGUGAAAGGAAGAAGAAGAACAAAAUAAGCACGAGAUAUUUGAAAAAAAAAUUUGCAAAUAUUUUUUUCUUUUUGUUAUCAACGCUACGGGGAAAAAGUGCAAUUAAUGUAAGAAGUAGACAUUAAAAAAGAAAAAAAAUUCAUAUAAACAGAGAAAGACUUUUUUAAUUAAAUUAAAUUAAAGUUGCUAUAAGGCAAAAGACAAAAUUUCGAAAAACAGUUAGCAAAUAAUAAUAAUAAUCAUAACAGUAAGCUUUAUAAAUUCAACAUCAAUUUUUGAAUAUUAAAAUAUUGCAGAUAUGGCAACAACAAACUCGAUAUAUAAAGAAAAGCAAAAACAAUUAACCGUAGAACAAGAAAAAGAUAAAAACGUUUCGAAGAAAGGCCUAAAAAUGACUGACGACCAUGCAAAAGUUAAUAAUAAACGUAAACAUAAGCAACAAAAACUUCAGCGUCAAAUUGAAACGAAAAAUAACAACAACAACAAUAGCAGAAAUUAUCAAACUAAUAAAGAAAAGAAAAACCAUAGGAAUAAUGAAAAUACAAAAAUUAAAAAGAAUUUAAAAAAUUCGAACAAUAACCCUACCACCCUAAAGAAAGACAUUAACAAUCCCCCGGUCUCAGUUUCAUCUGGUGCUUCCCGGUCAUUAUCACCGACAUCGACAUCACCGGUAUCGACAUCGUCUGACAGCAAAAAGAUACUUCAAAAAUCGAUUAUUUAUCAUAAUUCAAAUUACAGCUAUGCUCAAACCGUAGGCACUAAGAACAUAUAUACGAAAACGACAUAUGUUUAUAGCAGUAACAGUAAUAAUAAUAGUAAUGGUCAAUAUAAUCAUUUGUCACGCGAGAAGAACAAAAAUAGUAACAAAAAAUUAGAGAAAAAAUCAAAUUCGACGGCAUCGUCUGAUAGCAAUGAGAAAGUUAUUGUUGGCGUUCAAAAACAACAACUAACAGACAGCGAUUUAUUAACAUCUGCUUUAACGAAACAAUGUGUGAAACCAUUAAAAUCCUCAAAUGGAAACGUAAUAGUAAGUGGAGGACAAGAAGAUAUCUUCAAUGAUGGUAAGAACUUUAAAGUUUUAUCAAAUGAUUGUCUAAGAUCAACAAAGCAAUAUCGUAAAACUAAAUCUUAUGUAUUUACAACAUCGUCGUCACGUCGUUCUUCCAUUUCUUCGAUAAGUGACUACGGUUCGUCGAUUGGUUGGGGGGCUAAAGCUUAUAAGGCCGAAGGUGGUGGUGGCGGAUAUUAUUCGCAAAAGCAUCAACAACAAGUGAGCGGGUUUAACAAUCGUCGUUACUGGCUCGAUCGCGAUUUUGCCGAACGUAAUAAAGGCUUUGUACCAAUUUUACCGCUAGCACGUCCCAUAUUGACAUCAUCCAAUAUUGCUGCCGUUAUAGCGGACACUGAUAAGUUGACUAUCAUACAUCGUUUAGGGAAAAGCAAAGCCACGUAUCCCAUUAUGCAGUGUGGGACACUAGACGCACCCGAUUCGUCAUAUCAUAAACAAAGAUCCGAUAGAAUGGACGUUUAUCAAAUUGAUGAUGGUUUUCAUUCGGAUGGUGGUACUGAAACUCCACCACCAUCGCCUAGUUCCGGUUCAUCAAUAGCGUCCACAUCAGAUCACGGUUCAUUGGAAAGUGUCGACACGGGCGGUACUCAACGUUUAGCAGUCUUGUCUUUCGAACAAGUGCGCAAAUUGCAUCAUGUUAUGGAUGAAAAAGUUGCCAUACACGGUCGCGGUAAUUUUCCUACAUUAGAAGUAACACUUAAAGAUUUGGUAAAUUUGGUGAGGCGUAAAUUAGAAGCCGAUGUAGGUUCUGGUGGGGCCGGUGUUAUAGUCAAGGAUGUACGUCUAAAUGGUGGGGCAGCUAGUCAUGUAUUGGCCUCCGAGGAUCAGCCAUACAACGACCUGGAUCUAAUUUAUGCCAUUGAACUGAGCUCAUCACGUCACUUUGAUCGUGUCAAAACGGCAGUACUGAAUAGCUUGCUAGAUCUGUUGCCCGAAGGUGUUUCUAAGCGACGCAUUUUACCGUGUGCGCUCAAGGAGGCCUAUGUGGGUAAAAUGGUUAAAGUCAAUAAUAAUAACGAUGGCGAUCGUUGGUCAUUGAUUUCAUUGGGCAAUUCACCCGGACACAAAAAUGUUGAAUUGAAAUUUGUCGAUACAAUGCGACGUCAAUUCGAAUUCUCAGUCGACUCAUUUCAGAUUGUUUUAGAUUCACUGCUAUUAUUUUACGAUUGUGCCGCUUUACCCAUUUCCGAGAAUUUCUAUCCCACAGUGGUUGGUGAGUCCGUCCACGGUGACUUUCAAGAAGCCUUGUAUCACCUGCAAAAGAAAUUGAUCUCAACGCGGCAGCCCGAAGAAAUACGUGGCGGCGGUUUGCUCAAGUAUUGCAAUUUGCUGGUGCGCAACUAUAAGCCAGUCGAUUCACAACGUAUCAAGACGCUUGAACGUUAUAUGUGCUCGCGUUUUUUCAUUGACUUCCCGGAUAUUAAUACGCAACGUGUUAAAUUAGAAGCGUAUUUACGCAAUCAUUUUUGGGGUAUAGAUGAGGAGCCAUUGCAAUAUCAGUACCUGAUGCAUUUACGCGAUGUGGUCGAAAAUUCGACUGUAUGCCUAAUGGGUCAUGAGCGACGUCAAACCUUAAUGCUAAUUCAAUCAUUGGCCGCUCAAGUACUAUACAAGGAGCAACAGAAACAAGUGCAAGAGCAACAGUAUCAUCAGCAUCAGCAACAGCAUCAUCAACAGCAGCAGCAACAUCAGCAUCAUAUAUUGGAAUUGCAACAACAACAACAUCAAUCGCAGCAAGCAAACAAUUCUACAGUAACCUUAAUGACUUCGACGUCAUCACAUUCAACACAACAACAACAACAGUCUGGACAGCCGACGGCAACAGCCAUUUAUGUACAGCAGCCACAAACUAUGACCGCAACGGCCACCAUAUGUUGUGCCAUGCCGGCCAACAGUUCUGAACAGCAGCAGCAGCAGCAACAACAACAGUCAACCCAACAACAGCAGACUCAAAAUCAAACAAAUGCAGCUGCAAUGCCACCACAGACCAUACAAAUACAAGCCGGUCCGCCGGGAUUGAUUUACGCUAACGGCGUCUAUUAUGCACCUGUGAUUCCAACAACCAUUUGCACUUGCAAUUCAACAUGGCUAAGCACGUGAUUAAAUCUGCCUGCAACUAUAUUAACAGCAACAAAAGCAGUGACAACAGAAGGGUCUCUGAUCAAUUGCAACAAUCACUUAAAUAAACAACAAUACA